GCCGAUGGUUGGAUCGGAUGAGGUCUUCGCAGGAUUUUCACCCGGACUAUAUUGUGGUCACGGGGAGUUCGAGGAUUGGGACGGCGUAUCAUGCUAUUCUUCGUGAUGGGUCGGCGUUGACGGUGAAGAGGCUUUAUGGUUGUCUGUUGUCGGAGAAGCAGUUUAGGGAUGAGAUGGGGAGGAUGGCGUAGAUUAAGCAUCCGAAUUUGGUUCCUUUGCUUGGCUAUUGUGUUGUUGAAGAAGAGAAGCUUUUGAUUUACAAGCAUAUGGCGAAUGGAGCUCUUUCGUCGAUGAUUAGGGAUGGGGGUCAGGGUUUGGACUGGCCGACGAGGUUGAGGAUUGGGGUUGGGGGUUCGAGAGGGCUGGCUUGGCUUCACCAUGGGUUUCAAGUUCCUUUCUUGCAUCAAAAUGUUAGCUCGAAUGCUGUGCUUCUUGAUGAAGAGUAUGAGCCCAGAGUCACUGAUUUUGGUCUGGCCAGGCUAAUGAGGCCUUGGACCUCCGACGAGGGUUUGAACACGACUCCAUUCUUGAAUGGGGAUUUUGGGGAGUUUGGGUAUAUUGCACCAGAGUAUGCAACCAAUCCGGUGCCAAGCACAAAAGGGGAUGUUUAUGGAUUUGGGGUUGUUUUACUUGAGCUUGCAACUGGACAGAAGGCUACUGAGGUGAACAGUGAUUUGGCUGGUGAAGGAUUUAAGGGGAAUUUGGUGGACUGGGUUACUCAACUCGUUGUUGCUGGUAAAAUUCGUGAAGCUAUCGAUAAACCGUUGAGAGGGAACGGGCAUGAUGAUCAAAUUGUAGAGUUCUUGAAGGUUGCUUGUGGAUGUGUUGCUGUUAGGCCUCAAGAGAGGUUAUCGAUGUAUAGGGUUUAUCAGUCAUUGAAGAGUAUUGGAGGUGGGCAUGAGUACUCAGAGCAGUUUGAUGAAUUCCCACUCAUUUACGGGAAGGAUGAGCCUGAGGCUGCAUAGUAUUUAUCGGUAUGAUUCCUUCUGGACUUUAUGUUCUUUAUUUCAUUAUUCACUUGGAAAGUCCUUUUGAGUACCUUUGAUCAAUGUGUUGUAUGAAUGUUAUAUGAUCAAAUGUAGCAUGUUCCAUAGAUCUUUGAUCCCUACGAAAUUGUAAUAUUUAGUGGAGGUGACCCUUGCUAUGGGUUUCCUUCCUCUUGGUUUGUCGGAAUACUGCCCCUUGUUUGUCAAGGCUCGGGGGUUUUCAAUUAGUUUUGUAAAAGAUUGCAUGUCAGACUCUAACUCAGUACUCAUCCUUAAUUCAUAUGCAUGAAUGUAUAUUUUUUUUCCUGCGAUAUU